GUCAGAAGCAGCAUCUGGUCUCUUUUCUCUCCCAACGUCAAGGAAAUGUUUGCAACGAUGCUGGAGAUACUUCCAAUUCUAGCCAUCCUUACAGGCCACGUCAGCGGUGUUGUGGUGACCGUCCCUGAGAAGACAGUGAAUGUUACUACAGGUGGAAACGCAACCCUCCUCUGUACAUACAAGAGUGUGGCUCAGCAAGAGGAGCGGGGCGCAAUGAUAGGCUAUCGGCGCAAAGCGAGCAGCGAGUAUUUUGGCAGGACUCUGCAGAAAUUUGUCAUAGCAGGAAAUCUGCCACAGCAAACUUGCGUUGGUAUUUUGCGGCAUCCCACAGGGGUCUUUGUGCGUUCCCCGUGUCACGGUAUUCUGAGUAUGGAUGACAAGUCAGUCAGUCAUUGUCAAAAGAUGGUGUAUGUGACAGAUGCACGGGGAAGAUGUAGCUGGAGAUACAAGAUCUAUUAUUACUCAGGAGGCCAGUCUUACUCCUAUGGAGAGUUUAAGAACAGGAUAACAGCUGCAACAGCUCCAGGGAAUGCAUCAAUAACAGUCUCCAACAUGCAGCCCUCAGACACUGGUUCCUACACCUGUGAAGUUUUCAGCCCACAGGGUGACGUUGGACAGAGUCAAAAAUCCGUGAUUGUCAGCGUGCUGGUCAAACCGUCAAAACCUUUCUGCAAAAUAGAGGGAACACCUGAAAAAGGCCAUCUAGUCUACCUCUUAUGCAAAUGUGAAGAAGGAUUGCCUCACCCUACCUACCACUGGUACAAAGUAGAUGAGAAUAACCUCAGGCCUGUGACUCAACAACUUAAUCCAAAGACUGGCAUUCUUUACAUUGGCAAUCUCACCACCUUUGAAACUGGGUAUUACCGAUGCAUAGCCAGCAACGUCCUGGGGAACAGUACCUGUGAGCUUGACCUAACUGCAAACCAUUCAGACAGUGGUAUUGUUGCCGGAGCAAUUAUUGGAGCAAUUCUGGCAGCUGCUAUCAUUUGCAUUAUCGUCUGGGUCUUAACCAAGAAGGCAAAGAAUAAGAAGUCACCAAGUAACGAGAUGCAAGAAAUGGCUCAGAAACAAUCCAAUGCAGAGUAUGUUCAGGUACCUUAUGAAGAAGACAUACCUGUGACCACAGUUCCACCAAGCAACGCAACAAAUGAACACCCUAGUGCUGAUGAAACAGCAGCUUCUGGAACGCCUGAAAAAGAUGAGAAGCAAGAAGCAGAAAAAGAAGAAAUAGCCUAG